AGCUGUUCGACUGACCUGCAAGAAGUGGAACGAUCAAACCAAGUGUCAGAGCUUUACGAAGAUGCACAUCAGUAAAGCCUUAGCCGCAGCAAAGGAAGGUGAGUCCCAGAUGAUCGUGAUGAUGGGUAACAAUCUUUACUUAACGAGCAUCAUCAUCAAUGGAGAUCCAUCUACAGAGCAUAAAGGCAAACUUACUUGCCUUGACGAACAAGUCAAGAUAUCCAAGUUCUAUCACUGCGAGGGCUUAUUGCUAUGCAUCUUGAAAGAUGAUCCUAAGUUUGUGGUUUGGAAUCCCUAUUUGGGGCAACCAAGGUGGAUCGAGUUUAGAUUUACUCAUCCCCCAAAAGCAAUGAACAGGUUCUCUUACGCUCUUGGAUACGAUGAUAAGAAGAGCCAAUCUUGCCGUAGCCACAAGUUAUUGAGGUUUAUAGAUAGUUACUACAACUAUGAUCCCGAGAAGCAGUGUUUUUGGUAUGAGAUUUAUGAUUUUGACUCUGGUUUAUGGAAGGCUCUUGAUGUCACUCCACAUUGGCGUAUAGCGUUUUGUAACCCUGGAGUUUCUCUCAAGGGAAACACUUAUUGGUGUGCUGCUAAAAGGAACGAAGAUGUUGAAGAUGUCUUUGCCGAUUGCAUAAUCUGUUUCGAUUUUACAAGUGAGAGAUUUGGCCCGCUCUUGCCUCUACCCUGUAGUGGUGGAUAUCAUGACUAUACGACUUUGUCUUGUGAUGAAAACAUGUCGAGACUUGUCUCACGUGGACCGAAUCUAUUUUGAGCAAUAUGCUGGAGGAAGGAGGCAAAAGGAGAAAACGAGAUGAUUAAGA